AUGUCUGAAUUAACCGAAAGAAUAAUAGAAGACAUCGAAAGAGUGGACACAUCGGACGAUACGUCCGAAGGGGAGUCAGAGAGUGAAUCGGUGGCCGAGAGUCUGACGAGUUUCGAGCAGUUGCCCAAUGCUAUCAAACGGCGAGUCUUUGCGCUCAAGAAAUUGCAAUUUCAGAAGAAUGCUAUUAACGAAGCGUUUCUCCAAGACUUCCUCGAACUCCAAAAGAGCUAUGAAUCCAAAUUCGAGCCCCUCUUUGAGAAACGCCGACAAAUAGUGAGCGGAGAGUACGAGCCGUUGGACUCAGAUCUGCCCGACGGCCAGUCUCUCGACGCCGAUCCCAAUGAGUGUAAAGGAAUUGCGGGCUUUUGGCUAAAAGUACUUCUCUCGUCGCCGAUGGCGAAACACAUCUCCUUACCCGACGAACCCAUUCUUAAGCACUUGACUGACAUCAAAGUGGCCGUAAAUCCAGAGGAGAGGAUGUAUUCGUUUGCUUUCCAUUUCUCGCCAAACGAUUACUUCACUAACGAAGUGCUCAAAAAAGAUAUCUAUUUCUCGAUGAAUACGAUGUCUGUCGACCCAAUGCAUGCCCGCAAAUGCCAGUCGACGCCAAUCCACUGGAAUGAAGGCAAAGACGUAACCGUUGAGCACAGGAUUUACGACUCGCGCCACAAACAAGAGAGACUCAGUGUUUACAAGAAUUCAUUCUUCAGAUACUUCUGGUCGACACAGAAUGAGCCGUUGGAGGAAACCGAAGAAUUGCAUCUCAAGUACGAGUGGAAUCUUAGUCAGCAUUUGGUCGAAGCUUUAGUCCCAAACGCUGUCCUCUUCUUUACGGGAGAAAUGAGUCUCAAUUCGGAUCAAAAUCUCUAUGAAGAAGAAGAAGAGUAUGAGUUCGUCAACCAAUAG